AUGUAUAACAAAAUGUCCAGCUAUGAAACUGCAUCGUCGGAUGGCGAUCUUUGUCACCGUGUUUGCGACCAAGACUCGUACUACGAGUCGAAUGGAAGCUACUAUACACAACUCUAUCCAGCAGAUUCACAAAAUUCCGGGGUACAGGUGACCAGCGGCGGUGGUGGAGGUGUGAUCAUUAUGGACGAGGAAGGCUACUGGGGUUCACCGUGCAGUUCGAGCGAAUCACACCCAGACAUCCACAGGGACCGAUACUCGCCGCCGGCCGUAGGUGCGACAACGGUUGCUAGUGUCAGCGGGAACACCUCCUCGGUUGUGGUAAGCGCUAUUCGCAACAUCUCGCAACCCCACCAACACCAACCGCCCGAUCAAUCGUCCCUGUCGACAACGUCGCUGUCGUCGGCUUCCUCCACGUCGUCCUCGAUGUCGGCGUCUUCGUCACCGUAUGGAGGUGCCGGGCAUCCGCAUCCUGCCGCGGGCUACCAUCAGCAGCACCAUCACCACCAGCAAAUGGCCUCGUCCAUGUACUGCUCGUCCACGGUUGCUUACGAAAAGAGUACCGCCGGAAUCUACGUCCCGGAUGAGGGAUAUUUUGGCGGAACCGGAACUUCCAUUGACCCCGUUUCUGGCGCGACGGGGAACGAACACCAGUCGCUCAUGCACAUGGCGCCCUCCUCUUCUGGUGUAAUGCCCGGCAACGGUGUGCCGGUAGUGCGGGUGGUCAAGCGUCGCAACACGGCCAACAAGAAAGAGCGCCGUAGGACACAAAGCAUCAACUCGGCAUACACCUCACUGCGGGAUCGUAUUCCAAACGUUCCCAACGAUACAAAACUCUCCAAGAUCAAAACGCUUCGAUUGGCCAUUUCCUACAUCGCCCAUCUGCUGGCGGUCGUGAACGGAAACCAGGAUCCUUCGUGCGAUUUCCGCGCAGAGCUGGUGCCCUCGUCGCGCAAGAUUAAUGCCGAACGUCGUGCCCAGAAGACGCUAAUGCAAAACUUCACCGCCAGUGGGACUGCCAACGCCACCAGUACCACCAGUCCACCAGUGACGGAAGGACGAAAAAUCAAAGGCCGUACCGGGUGGCCGCAGCAUGUUUGGGCGCUGGAGACGAAAACCACUAUCAAAUAA